AUGGGUGGUCUUCAUCAUGCAAAAAAGAGUGAAGCCAGUGGAUUCUGCUACACAAAUGAUAUUGUACUUGGUAUUCUCGAGUUGCUAAAAUAUCACAAGAGAGUCCUCUACGUUGACAUCGAUGUUCAUCACGGAGAUGGUGUUGAGGAAGCAUUCUAUACUACUGACCGUGUCAUGACCGUCUCAUUCCAUAAGUAUGGUGAUUUCUUUCCAGGAACCGGCGAUCUGAAGGAUAUUGGUGCAGGCAAGGGUCGUCUUUAUUCACUCAAUGUUCCAUUGAAGGAUGGCAUUACUGAUGACGCUUAUCAAAGCAUAUUCAAACCUGUGAGUAUUUUAACUUACAUUUUGUUUUUUUUUGUACUUUGUGCAGUUAUUACAACGUGGACUGUUCUUCUUCCAUUAAUUUAA